AAAUCACCAACAUGCUACCAAAUUACGGUCCAGUAACACAAGCCCUUUUGGGCACCCUCCUAACAUGGGGCCUCACAGCUUUGGGUGCAUCAUGUGUGGUCUUUGUACGCGGUAAUCAACGCAAAUCUUUAGAUGCCGCCUUAGGUUUUGCUGCCGGUGUUAUGGUGGCCGCCGCUUUCUGGUCUCUCCUUAAGCCGGCAAUUGAAAUGGCAGAAACCUCAAAUCUGUAUGGCGUCUAUGCUUUCCUACCGGUAUCGGGUGGUUUCCUAUUGGGUGCCAUCUUUGUUUAUGGUUGUGAUAAAUUAAUGUCUUAUCUCGGUUUGAAUUCAAACGAUAUGAUGUUGCAAAUGACUCAAACAAAGGAUAAAGCCGAUAUUGCCAUCGAUGAUAAGAAAAAUGGUCAUGGAAGCGGCAUGGAAGCAGCCAAAAGUAUGGAUAGCUUCUCCGAUUGUCUGAGUGUACAGCAUAGCCAUUCGGAGCCGAGACGCCGCAAGAAGCCUAGCGUUGAUAUUGAACGUACAAAUACUACAUAUGUAACAGAUGCCGAAAAGGCCGCCCAACAGGCGGCUGGUGCCCAAUGGAAGCGUAUUAUGUUGCUGGUUGUGGCCAUCACUGUACACAACAUACCCGAAGGUUUGGCCGUGGGUGUUAGUUUCGGUGCUGUGGGACAAAAUAAUGCCUCAACGUUCGAAGCUGCCCGUAAUUUGGCCAUUGGUAUUGGUAUACAAAAUUUCCCCGAAGGUUUGGCUGUCAGUCUGCCCUUACAUGCGGCCGGAUUUAGUGUAUUGCGUGCCUUAUGGUAUGGUCAGCUGUCAGGUAUGGUCGAGCCCAUUUUCGGUAUAUUGGGUGCAGUGGCUGUGACAUUUGCCAAUUUGAUUUUACCCUAUGCUUUGUCAUUUGCUGCCGGUGCCAUGAUCUAUAUUGUUGCGGAUGAUAUCUUGCCCGAGGCUCAUGCCAGCGGUAAUGGUAGCAUUGCCACCUGGGGUACAAUUGCCGGUUUCCUAAUUAUGAUGUGUUUGGAAGUAACACUAUCGUGAUGUCUUUACAACUAC